CUGAGACGGAUGUGGCUCGACUUCUUUGCACCAGCAUUGCAAAAGAUGCCGCUUUAGGUUUAGGGAAGAUAUCGCUAUGAACGAGACAACCAAUUCGAGCAUGGCUUGUCUCAGUUUCUCUCCAUUGGGACCUCCAAAAGCACGCUGCUAGAUUUUCUUCCAAGCUUCCAUUUCCCACCAGGGCAGCCCUGCCCCCGCUUCUCUCACACCACUCUCGGCCCGGCUCAAUCGCUGGCCCCUGUCCCCUUGCCCCCCCUGUCUCCUGAGGACUAGUAGCUCUAGGUACCUCCCCUGUCCUAGCUCUGUUGCAUCCUCCACUGAAGCUAGCUUCUCCAGUAGUGCAUAUUUCCCGACCCCUACCUCACCACACACCCAGGCUUCGAGUAUGCAUGGUCGAUAGCAUGGGUUCCCGGUCUCGCUCUCCGGCUUGACAGCUCUCCUGCGGCUUCUAUAUCUACUCUACUCCUCUCGACAUUCCACGAUACUAUCUUGACUUUCGAUCCCACAUCACUCCCAACAUCUACGAGCUCACUGAUUUCCACAUCGAGACCAAGACUCUACACCACAAGAUCCUCAGCCACCUCAGCUUUGUCUUUCACCUCCAUCCACCACAUCAACCAACCACCCACAACAACUCAGUCAAAAUGUGCGACUACACUCAACGAGAAUACUCAUGCGGUCACUUCCGCUGGAUCGCCUCCAAAUGGUGCCGGGAUUACACUCUCACUCACAAGAGAUGCCAACCCAACGUCACUCACUUUGAGUACCGAGCAGAGGAGCUCUGUGGGGAGUGCAAACCAAAGACCUACCCCCCAUGGGAGCACAUGAUCAAGCGCUCCAACAAGCAGACCCUCUACUAAAUAACCCUCAACAACUCUACCUACCCAUUUUUCUUUUGUCAUUUACACCUAGAGGACAACGACAAACAAACCCACGACUACAAGGAGUGAAGGGAACAGAAGGUGGAGGAAGGAUUACAUCAGGCCAUCAACGACACGCCAAAGAAGAGAGAUUUGCGAAGCUCAACAGGGCUUUGCCGAAGCGACACCUGGACGGGUUUACGCUACGCCAGGACUUCACAGCACGCCACCUUCGCCUUCCAAUAGGCCGAAAAGCACACAGCACAGAGUCCCACAAACCGGGAGACACAGCAGUCCAGAAGCCUAACAGCCCGGCCCACCAACACCACCACCACCACCACACACCUACCUAUCACGUCACACCAAAUCCUCCGGCUGUUGUGAUGUGCUGGUUUGUGCUGUGCUGUUGUGCUGUGCUCCCCUCAACAAGCCCAUUGCAUCAAAAGUGGUAUUUUCCGUCAGCCGCCCGACGCCAAAAAGCCAAAUAAGCCGACACUUCUCCACCGACACAACAAACCACACUACCAAGCCUGAUGUCACCGUCACACUCGCCUCUUGUCCGGUUGUUUUUCUUGUGGCAGGAACACACACAUUACUCUGUACCCAUCAAGGUGCCCACUUCACGACCAACACGACCACCACUGCCACCGAAUAACAACACAUCAUCACUCCACAGGGGGUUCUAGCCCUCUCCAUUGUACGAUCAUCACCACAAACAAAUUUGUCGUUUCUUGAGUGUCCUUUUUCACCACAUCUUUUUUUUCUUUUCCCUUUUGUCAUAUUUUUCAUGGGCUACACGAGCAAGCGAGGCGCCUGACUUUUUCAGGGCUAAGGGACACCGGAGUUUUCACACAUACCAUUGGUUCAUAUCUUUUUUUGGGAGGGAAAUACCAUUACACGGGAUAACAAGAGAGGGAAAGAGGUGUUUUUGUAUAUACAUUGGAACCGGGACAAUUUGGGACUAUGGGCUACCACAACACCGCA